AUGUUGACCUUGGGUCGCGAUGAAAAUCGUUUGUGGACCUACAAAAUCAUGUGUGAUAAGGUGGGUGACGCGUGUCAUCCAUCCAACAUGCAACUGUUCAUAGGCAUUGAUGGUGUUUCAUCUCUGUGUUUUGUGCCCUCCAUUGAUAAAAACCUCCUCAUGGUUGGUACCACUGGUGGUCGCGUAAGAAUUCUUGAUUGUUCAAGAAAUACUUGUAAAACUCUUUAUCAAAAGCGGUGGCACAAGUCUAUAAGGUGCUUGGUCGUCAACCCGUUCUCCCCCACAUCUUGCAUUACAGCCUCCAACCAAGGUUGUCUUAAGGUUCAUGACAUCGAGACAAAGAAACGGAUUGGUUAUUUCACGGGAUCGGGGGAUUCCUCGCCAUUUUCCGCACUGGUCGCUGUCACUAAUCAUCGUUGGGUAACGGGGGACGACAAUGGUAUGAUAAAAAUAUGGGACGAUCGGUUGAAAGAAGGCCAUUGCUUCACCAUCAAACCUAAUACAAACGAGAUGGAUGCAGAUCUCUGCGGAACCAACGAUCUAGCAGUUGGGGCCGAUCCCCAAGGCACUCUGCUCGCCGCUGUGGAAUCGGGCUGUCUUGUCACCUACAGUAUUAGGCGCAGACGACUUGAGACCAUUUCUGAGCCUCUGGGCUACAGUGCUCGCUCUGUCUGCUCCAUUAAGAAUGGUAGCAAGGUCCUUCUGGGUACUGAUGAGGGAGUGAUAUUGAUGUACAAUUGGGGCGAAUUUGGCAGCAUCUGCGACCGAUUCCCCGUUCGGACGAGCCGCACGCGGGUCGACCAUCGUUCAGGUACGAAGCUUUUUGAUGAGGCUGGCUGUCCAGCGGUGGAGAAGAUUGUCAAAGUCACGGAGAAUAUUGUUGUUAUAGCAACAGACGAUGGGGCGAUUAGUCCAAUGAGCAUCCUUCCCAAUCGCAUGCUCACUUGUCUCGGUUGGCACACAGCAGAUGAAGCUACGGGGGGUGGUGGUGACUGUAUGACCUUGGCGGUGUCUCCUGCUUCCACAGUCGUUCCUCUGUUAGCUAGCGGACUUCCUCUGGCACCGAGCCUCAAAUUCUGGUCGGUGGAACACCUUCCAGCCGAAGCGGAGGCCGAGUCAGCAAAGGUGGUGACUGGGGAGAAGAUGAUGACCCAAAGAUAUGGACGUGAUGCGAAAGCUAGAGUCACUUCGAGGGGUGCGGACCGUGAUAGAGAAGAUUUUUUAUCAGGACUGACGGAGAGAAAUGGGGAAGGGAGCAAGGGGGAAGAGGAGGAAAGAAGUAAUGACCGGGGAUUUCGAGGCGCUGCAUUGGUGGAAAAGAAAUCGAACACGAUCUUAGAGGGCAACUGUCCCGACUUUUACUGCUAA